CCGGGAAGCAGGAAAGCCCCAUUGAGGAGACAAGGAUGGAGAAAAAGAGGAUGAUAGGACAGCCAUCCUGCAGGCAGGCAUGCCCCGGACCCUGAGUGCCUCCGACAUGGUCACCCCAGGCAGCCUCAGCCCACCCCCCACAGACCCCACCGAUGGCGAGCAAGCCGGACAGCCCUUCCUGGAUGGAGCUCCAUCCUCAGCUUCUCUGGAGACCCUGAUUCAACACCUGGUCCCCACAACCGACUACUAUCCCGAGAAAGCCUAUAUCUUCACCUUCCUGCUGAGCUCUCGCCUCUUCAUCGAGCCCCGGGAGCUCCUGGCCCGGGUCUGCCACCUGUGCAUUGAGCAGCAGCAGCUGGACAAGCCAGUACUGGACAAGGCUCAAGUCCGUAAGUUUGGCCCCAAACUACUCCAGUUGUUGGCUGAGUGGACUGAGACGUUCCCACGGGACUUCCAGGAAGAGUCGACCAUCGGGCACCUGACGGACGUGGUGGGCCGCAUCGCCCCCUGUGACGAGGCCUACCGAAAGAGGAUGCAUCAGCUCCUGCAGGCUCUGCACCAGAAGCUGGCGGCCCUGGGCCAGGGGCCGGAAGGCCUGCUGGGCACUGACAAGCCCAUCUCCUACCGGACCAAGCCACCGGCCUCCAUCCACAGGGAGCUCCUGGUCGUCUGCAGCGACCCCUACACGCUGGCCCAGCAGCUGACCCACGUGGAGCUGGAGCGGCUGAGACACAUCGGGCCUGAGGAGUUUGUCCAGGCUUUUGUGAAUAAGGACCCGCUGGCCAGCACAAAGCCUUGUUUCAGUGACAGAACCAACAACCUGGAGGCUUACGUGAAGUGGUUCAACCGACUGUGCUACCUUGUGGCCACUGAGAUCUGCAUGCCUGCCAAGAAAAAGCAGAGGGCUCAAGUGAUUGAGUUCUUCAUCGAUGUGGCCCGAGAGUGCUUCAACAUUGGCAACUUCAACUCCUUGAUGGCCAUUAUCUCCGGAAUGAACAUGAGCCCUGUCUCCAGACUGAAGAAGACUUGGGCCAAAGUGAAGACAGCCAAGUUUUUCAUCCUGGAGCACCAGAUGGACCCGACAGGAAACUUCUGUAACUACAGGACAGCCCUGCGAGGGGCAGCCCAUCGCUUCCUGACCGCCCACAGCAGCCGGGAGAAGAUCGUCAUCCCCUUCUUCAGCCUGCUCAUCAAAGACAUCUACUUCCUGAACGAGGGCUGCGCCAACCGCCUUCCCAAUGGGCAUGUCAACUUUGAGAAGUUCCUGGAACUGGCCAAACAAGUUGGAGAGUUCAUCACGUGGAAACAAGUGGACUGUCCUUUUGAGAAAGACCCCAGCAUCACCCACUACCUGUAUACUGCCCCCAUCUUCAGUGAGGACGGUCUUUAUUUGGCUUCCUAUGAAAGUGAGAGCCCAGAAAACCAAACAGAAAAAGAGAGGUGGAAAUCUCUAAGGUCGUCUAUUCUGGGAAAGACCUGAGAAGCCCUGGACCUGAAGGAGGAGGAAGAGGUGGAGUGAGCAAAGGCCCCCUCCCCCAGCCCCGCUUCAGGUGGCCCAGUGGGGCAGAGGCAGAGGCAGUGGCCUCACUACUUUGCUAACCGAGACACCCCCCAGGUGGCCUGGCAUCUGCCACAAAUGGCUACGUGACACAGGAAACCUUUUGUGGGCCCUCAGCCCUGGCAGACACUCCAGACGUGUGGAUGGCACCUGCCUUGGGGACAUGUGCCUUCAGGACCAUGGGGGUCAGGUUGCUGGUCAGUCUGUCUGUCCUGGGCAAAGACACGGCACUACCCCCCCCCUCCCCAGAGGGUCAGACAACUGCAAUCUCACGAUCUUGCUGGGUGACCUGUGCCUUGGAGGCCAAUGCCGUAGUUGGUUAUCAUCAGGUGGCUUGGGAACUUUGUCAACCACAGUGGGCAUUGCCACAUGGUGUAAGAUGCUCCUGCGCCAGCUCAGAGCCUGCCAGCAGCUGCACUUGUUCUGUUGAUGGACGCCUCCCCUGGCCCUCCCAGUGGGCUCGUUUCUGCAGCCCUGAUCUCCCUCACUUUCUGGUUCCUGCUGGUAUCAGGACCCAGCCAAUGACACAGGUCCUCGGGACAAACUGGAAUCCUGAAGUUCCACAGCGUGUACAUUACAAUCCACCGGCCCUCACCUCUGAAGUGUUCCAUAGCGCCUCCGGAUACAACCACCCAGGCUUCCAAUGUGGGAAUGUCCAUUGGGGGAGGGGGUGUCGGGGACACACAACCGCCAAACCGUAGCAGGGUGUUUGCAUUAAAAUUACAAAUAGGU